GCUGGCCAGGUGGGCGUCAAGGUCCUGGAGGGCCAGCUGCCCGAGGGAGACCUGGCCUCCGGAGCCGGCCUCAAGGGCCACCUGCCCAAGGUGCAGAUGCCCAGCUUCAAGAUGCCCAAGGUGGACAUCAAGGGCCCCCACGUGGACGUCACGGGCCCCAAACUUUAUGCGCAGCCAUGUGUCGGGACUCUAGUGUCCCCCCAUGAUAGUCACCCUUUCCUGGGGUGUCCUGCAAUUGCUGCUGCGCCUAGUCAAGUGACUUUUCCUAAAUUCCAUAAACCUAAGUUUGGAUUUUCUGUCCCAAAAGCAGGGGUUCUUGAGGGAGACGCACAGGCGGCAGAGUGUAGCCUGGUGCUGUCUCCUCUGAGCCCUCCUCAGGGGCUGGACUCCGCCGAGGUCGCCGAGCGGCUCCUGGCGUCGGGUCCACAGCUGCCAAGCAAGGGCUUCCCUGUGCCCCAGCGGAUGGAGCCCUGGGGACCCUCAGGGACCUCGGCCACAGCUCCUGGAGAAGCCCCUGCUGAAGUGGCUCACUGUGAUGGGAAAGGGAGUCCCUUCAAAGUGCCCACGCUCAAGCUGCCGUCCCUUAGCUGGUCUCCGAAGAAGAAGGCGCAACCCGCAGUUGGCCCAGAACGCGGCCCGGAGGACUUGGCGCGCAGCCCGGUGUCAGGUCCAGGCCAGUCGGACUCCCUGCCUGGGGUGCAGGCGCCGAAGAGGGAUGUGCACACGGAUGUGCCUCCUGGGCAGGACGGGGACGAGGGGAAGCCCAGGGAGCCUGGCUUGGCCGCGCCAGAACUCGCACUUCCCCUAACAAAGUCCUCCAAGGACAGGGUGGAGGUGACCCAGGCUGAAGCCGACGUGCCGCUUCCCAAAUGUGACCUGUCUGUUGGAGGUGGCAGCACGGGCCUUGGGGAUGUCUCAGCAAGCCAGCCCUCCGGGGUUGCGACAGGCCCUGCAACAGAAGACACCCUCCAGCCACCAUGUAGGAAAGCAGAGGCUGACGUCCCCGCCGUGGAAAGUCCAGAAGAGGAAGCCACAGCAGGGGAGACGCCCGUGGACUCCCAGGAGCACUGGUUUAAGAUGCCCACGCUCCGCAUGCCCCGUUUCCGGCGCUCCUCCCGGGACAGAGGCGGGGCCGGGAAGCAGGAAGCGGCUACAGCUGGAGCCAAGGAGCCCCCCGGCCCUGCAUCAAGGGUGGAGGGCAGUACGUCCCUGCGGCCCCCAGAAGCAGAGGCAGAUGUGACAGCUUCUGAGAGCAAAUUGUCCGCAGAUGUCCUCGGGCAUGAUGGUGACAGCACAGGCUUGCAGCUGCUCCUCCCCUCCGCCGGGAGGCCUGAGGCCCAUCCUUCUCUUUCCAAGGCCAGGACGCAGCCAGCCGAAGGCUCCCUCCCACUCUCCAUGGCCCGCCUGGGACUCUCAGAGAGCCGGGCUCCUCCAGGAGAAGCAGGCGGGAUUCCUCCUCCCACGCCAGGAGAGCGUGACCUGGCCGGGGUGGAGGAGACGACAGGGAAACCGUGUUCCCUGCCGGAAGGUCCUCUUAAACUGAAAGCUUCAAGUACCGACGUGCCCUCCCAGAUUUCCGUAGUUAGCACCAAUCAGCUCUGGGAAGAUUCUGUGGUAACUGUCAAAUUCCCCAAGGUAAAGGUACCAAGGUUCUCCUUCCCCGCCCCCAGCGCGGAGGCCGAUGUGUUCAUCCCCACCGUGCGCGAGGUGCGGUGUCCAGAGGCCAGCGCCGGCGUGGCCCUCGGCAGGGAGAGCCCGGGGCCGUGGGAAGCCAGCAUCCUGAUGGCAGGCGCUGGGGGCCCCGGGGAGCAGCCUGCAGACCUCGACCUCUCCUUGGCAGCUCCCCCAGUUUCUAAGGUCAGAGUGCGCAUCCAGGGUGCUCAGGCUGAGAGUCAAGAGGUCACCAUACACAGCAGGGUGACACCAGCAUUUGCAGAGCUCUCGGCGCCCCGGGCUUUUUCCACUCAGAUCGUGCGGGAGUCAGAGAUCCCUGUGUCCAAGAUUCAAACACCUGCUUACGGGUUUUCCUUGCUAAAGGUGAAAAUCCCGGAGCCCCAAAUGCAAGCGACGGCACACACAGUGACAAGAGACUCCCGCACCUGGGAGGGCUCGGAAGAGGCUCCCACACAGGCCUCCCCAGGAGCAGACUCCGUCCCUGGAGAGCUGCAGCCUGACACCGGGGAACCAUUCGAGAUCAUCUCCUCCAGCGUCAGCGCACCGGGACCGCAGACGUUCGCCCUGGAAGUCCGUUCCGGUCACCAGCUUGCAGACAGCUGUUUGGAUGAGGAGCCAGCAGAGAUUCUGGAGUUUCCCCCUGACGACGGCCAGGACGCAAGCACGCCGCUGGCGGACGGAGACAGGGCUACAAAAGAGAGACCGGAAAGUAAGAAAUCGGGUCUGCUCUGGUCUUGGCUUCCAAACAUCGGCUUUUCAUCUUCUGUCGAUGACACAAGUGCCGAUUCUAAGGAGGACGUCCCGAGAUCUGCCCCCGUGCAAAUGCAGCCCGAGGCACGGCCAGACACAGAGCUGCCCAAAAAGCAGGAGAGGGCAGGCUGGUUCCGGUUCCCCAAGCUGGGGUUCUCCUCUUCCCCUGCCAAGAAAGGCAAAAGCACCGAGGAGGAGGCAGAGCCGGCGGAGCAAAAGCUCCACGAAGAAACAGUCACCUUUUUUGAUGCCCGAGAGAGCUUCUCCCCCGACGAGCAGGACGACACGGCUGGUGAUGAUUCUGUGCCCAGACCACGACCACGGGAAGGCCACGAGGUGUGA